GAGACAUGCUGCAGAGGUGUUGAGAAGUAGGGCUGGGAGUCUGUUGUUCAGUCUUGAAGUAGUGUUCACUACUGGGCUGCUGUGACAAGCAGCCUGUUGAAGUAUAAUUAUAAAUCAAAGUCUUGGUUCAACCUCUGUUCCUAGAUAAAAUCUAUAUCUGUAAUUUACUGACCACUUCUUGUCUUUUACAUACAAAUAUUAUUUUUUUCUAAGGAAAAAAUGCCUGGAGGGAGUUGACUCAUAUUAUUCAAGAUGAAUAUUUGCUCACUGACUGUAAAUUACCUCCGCUGAAGUAUUUGAGGCUUGCAUAAUUUCCAACACCAAAUAGAGAAAUCAGAGAUGUCAUUUAUACAUUUUAAUAUUCUUGUAGGAUUUUGGACUGAGCUAACUGUCAGAAACUGCAAAAGGACAUGUUUACAGAAACACUGCCUGUUAGUAAAUGAUGAUAAUUGCUUGUAAGGGUGUUGGUUCAACUAGUCCGUGUGUGAACUCAUCUCAGCAACCACUGUGGAGGAAAAAGAUGUGUAUAGAUAUGUAUCUUUGUUCUGUUGGGGGAAAUAUGUUAGCUUAUCUCAAAUGUGAAUUGACAUAGUUUGGAUUCUUCUCAAUAGAUGAUGUUGUGAUGAUAAGGGGAAUGUUACUGGAAUAGUUAAAGACCAGCAUAUGUGAAAUCUGCACGUGCUUCCUGAGAGAUGGCAUUGAUCAUUGAAAGACCAAAUCUUCUGUUUUGGUGGGGUGAAAUGCUGAGUGUAUUACUCAGUUGCUGUUUGACAGUGGCUCUUAUUUUUUUUACAGCGGUGUUUGAUACUAUGUCUGUGGGUGGGCUUGGGUAACAUGCAGUGAUCUGUCGCUCCUCUCUGCAUAUCGUCUGUAGCUCACUAGCCUCCAGUGUAUGCAUCACUGCAGGGUGGGUUUUUUGUUUGCCUCUAUUUUGUUGUGGUUAUAGGCUCAUUCUGAAUGAUGCUGAGCAAGUGGUGCUUGCAGGAGUGCAGAGCCUGCUGAAAGAUUUGAAUGCCAGUGUUUGCAGCGUCUGAUGUGAACUUUACCUGCCCUAUUUCUGAGCCCUCUGUGCAUGAUAAAGUUUUCAGUGUGCUCCAAAUGCCCCCAGCAUGUGGGGGGAAAGGAGAGGAGCUGUGUUUUCAUAGAGAUCUUGACAUGUUUAAACUGGAGAGGAGCUGUGAUUCUCUGAUCAGUGGGUGUUUAGCUCCCAUCCUGGUGCCUGGUGAGGAAACCUUGCAGAAGUAGGUCCUCAGCGUGAGGAAAGCCAAUCCACAGAGGUCCGUUGAAUGCUCGGCACUGCAUCAUAAUAGCACUUAAAAUGGUAAAGUGCCUGGAAACAUUUGAAAAAAUUGCAGAAGGUGCUUUGCCUGGGUUCACCUUCCCAUCCAUGUCUCCAAACUCAAUACUAGUUGUAUACUAGUAUUUCAAGCAUGACCCUUCCUGUCAUCCUUCAGUUCCAGCAGGUUUCAACCCUUGUAUGGCCAGUAAAAUCUGUUUGGCAGUAUAUUAAGUAAUUUUCGUCUAAGAUUAGUGCUUGAUACUUGAAUGCCAUUGUGAGUCUUUAUUUUCCAGACAAUACAAUUGCAUUAAAGGUAAUUUAAUUUUCCUUGUAAAAAGAUUUGUGUUGUGAAGACAUACCAGCCUCCUUAAGUUGUUGUGUGGCUAGUGUAUUUAAUAUGUUGGUCUAGGGAGCACUGGUUAAAUACCUUUCCAAACUUUUGCAUGGUGGAGCGAGACAGAGAUUCUGCCUUGUGGCUCUGAUGGGAAGGAUUCCUCUCUGUUUUGGAGGAUCUUGGAUCAAGCAGUGUAUAUUGAACUUUUGUGCUUGUUCUUUUCAAUCCCAGUUACGUUUCAUCAGGGAAGUCUUCAGUUUCAGAUUAAAGGCAAUGUGCUAUGGUAGUUUUACAGUAAGGUGCUUAUUUGUUCCUUAAUUGAUGUUGGCUUGAGGGGCUUUUUUGCUGUGACUGAAGGGAAAGGUGUAUCGCAAACCUGCUGUUGGAUGUGACAAAUCAGUUAUUCUGUAUGUUAGCACUGCUAGCAAGGAGGAUGGUACUGGCUAUGCUGCAGUUAUUCUGCAGGUGUUGCACAUUUCAUGUAUACAGAUCACUUGUUCCAAAAUAGUCUACUACCCAAAUAAAUCAUAUAUGGUUUUGAUUUUGUUGAAGGUUUUUGUCAUAAGAAUCUAGAAAAAUAAGUGUAUUUAUUAACUUUUUUUUUUUUGAGUCUCGUAAAGCCCUUGUGUCAUCUUCAAGCAUGAGAUGUGGGAAUAGAGUUGUACAGUUCUGUACUGCUUAAACAUGCUCAGGAAUAUGGAAAUGUUUGUGUCUGUGAGAGAGGGAAGUAUAUCCACAUUAAAAACCUCCACAAGUGGCCCCAGGUCACGCUCUGACUUUGAGCAAUGGGCGCUUCCCAGGUAGGCCUUUGCCCUGUUCCUUAUUUGAAGGUGCAGUGAAAGGGACUCUGGGCAUGUGAAUAUCAUAGUAAUUAGGGAAGUUUGGUUCUCAUAUUUUUCCAAGCUUCCUCUGCAGUUUGGAGAGAGAAGUGAGAUUAUUACAGUAGUGGUCACAGCCACAGCUUGCACUGGGCUCCGUAUGCUUCAUCUCCUAUUACUUGCAUGGCGGCUUUUUCACCAUUAGCUUUGUAAGACUGCCAGUAUUCCUCCCUUUCCUUAUACUCCAUACUAUUUUGGCUUGACUCUUAAUUAGAUCUGGAAACUUGCUGCUGUAAUUAUACAUAGACCUGCAUAUCAUGGCAGGUGUGAAAGAAAAUGUCAGUCAGCAUGCAUGAAAAUCGCAAAUCUAGGGCCAGUACUGGCUCCAUAAACAUAUACUUGUUCCACAAGUCCUCCUAUGCUGAUAGUGUCCUUACUCACCUGAACCUUCUGCGUCAGCAGCGUCUCUUCACAGAUGUACUUCUUCAUGCUGGGAACAGGUCAUUCCCCUGCCACAGAGCUGUUCUAGCUGCUUGUAGCCGCUAUUUCGAAGCAAUGUUCAGUGGAGGACUGAAAGAGAGCCAGGACAGUGAAGUCAACUUCCAUAAUUCAAUUCACCCUGAAGUCUUGGAGCUUCUUCUGGACUAUGCAUAUUCCUCCAGGGUCAUCAUCAAUGAGGAGAAUGCGGAGUCGCUGCUGGAGGCUGGUGACAUGCUCGAGUUUCAGGAUAUUCGGGAUGCUUGUGCAGAAUUUCUGGAGAAAAACCUUCAUCCCACCAACUGUCUUGGCAUGCUGCUGCUGUCAGAUGCUCACCAGUGUACCAAGCUGUAUGAGCUCUCCUGGAGGAUGUGCCUUAGCAAUUUCCAGAGUAUCAGUAAAAGUGAAGACUUUCUCCAGCUGCCAAAAGACAUGGUAGUGCAGCUCCUUUCCAGUGAAGAAUUAGAAACCGAAGACGAAAGGCUGGUAUACGAAUCAGCUAUCAACUGGGUCAACUAUGACCUGAGUAAGCGUCACUGUUACCUGCCUGAGCUGUUGCAGACGGUGAGACUGGCCCUCUUGCCAGCCAUAUACCUUAUGGAGAAUGUGGCCAUGGAAGAACUUAUCACCAAGCAAAGGAAAAGCAAAGAGAUUGUAGAAGAAUCAAUAAGAUGCAAGUUAAAGAUCUUGCAGAAUGAUGGAGUGGUCACUAGUUUGUGUGCCAGACCCCGUAAAACUGGCCAUUCGCUUUUUCUUUUGGGUGGCCAAACCUUUAUGUGUGACAAGCUGUACCUGGUGGACCAGAAGGCAAAGGAGAUCAUUCCAAAGGCUGACAUACCAAGUCCCCGGAAAGAGUUCAGUGCUUGUGCCAUAGGCUGCAAAGUAUAUAUCACUGGGGGACGGGGAUCAGAAAACGGAGUCUCCAAAGAUGUGUGGGUGUAUGACACCCUUCAUGAGGAGUGGUCGAAGGCUGCUCCCAUGCUGGUAGCUAGGUUUGGGCAUGGCUCUGCUGAACUUAAGCACUGUUUGUAUGUGGUAGGAGGACACACAGCAGCAACUGGUUGCCUCCCAGCUUCCCCUUCAGUAUCCUUAAAGCAAGUAGAACAAUACGACCCCGUGACCAACAAAUGGACCAUGGUUGCCCCGUUGCGAGAGGGUGUAAGCAAUGCAGCUGUAGUCAGUGCGAAGCUUAAGCUGUUUGCUUUUGGCGGUACCAGCGUUAGCCAUGACAAGCUGCCCAAAGUUCAGUGCUAUGAUCAGUGUGAAAACAGAUGGACUGUACCAGCCACCUGCCCCCAGCCCUGGCGCUACACAGCUGCAGCUGUUCUGGGUAACCAGAUUUUUAUUAUGGGUGGAGAUACCGAAUUCUCUGCAUGCUCUGCUUAUAAAUUCAACAGUGAGGCAUACCAGUGGACUAAGGUGGGAGAUGUGACAGCGAAGAGAAUGAGCUGCCAUGCAGUGGCAUCUGGAAACAAAUUGUAUGUGGUUGGAGGCUACUUUGGCAUUCAGAGGUGCAAAACGUUGGACUGCUACGAUCCCACAUUAGAUGUAUGGAACAGCAUAACAACUGUGCCCUAUUCGUUAAUUCCCACGGCAUUUGUCAGCACAUGGAAGCACCUCCCCUCAUAAUUGUGUGUAUGUUGCAAUUACAAAUUAUCAGUUUACUCCUUUAUUUGGAGAAGAGAAUUGGAACCUCAGAUCUGGAGAAAGCGUUUCAAUGAAGAAAAAUCAUUCAGCAUCUCUUGCAUUUGAAGAAAAUCAUCUGCACCUUGUAAAUUAUCUAACCUAGACAUGAAGGAAUGGGAGGGAAAAAAACAAAACAAAACAAAAACCUGUCUUCAGUGCUUCAGCACGUGGUCUAAAUAUGAAUGGACGAAACCAUGAGCUGGUCCUUGUGCUAGUAAUUGUGGAUUAAUGCCAAUAUUAAUCAAUCCUUCAAAGGAGAAGAAGACGAGAUAGAACUUAUCUGAGCUGUGCAGCACACAGUGCUCAAUUUCCAUGGACUCUGCUGUUUGUAUGUGAAAUUUGAAAUGGUUGUCACCUCUCUCUGUGGUGCUUUGAAGUGCCAGUGCCAGCUGCAGGGGAAGCAGGCCAGGCCCGAAACAGCGAGAUGCCAUUGUGAAUGAAGAUACAGGGGUAUUGCUCCUGAACUCUGCUAACCGGAGCGUGCUUGUCUGUGGGCAGUGCCUACAGCAUCUCUUAGAUCCCACAUUGCAUUGUCCUGUGUGCAGUGAGAACCUUCUGCUUGAUAAGGAACAGACCAGUGGUGAAAUGUUUUUGCAACAGUGGGGAAAAAAAAUUACAUUCCUCAAACGCUCCUUGUUACUUUUCCUCCCUGUAUUUAUAAGUAAUCCAAACUGUCCCCUUCCUGUUAUGUUACUUGUUGUAGAUACAGUUAUUUAUUGUUCAGUGCUUGCAUGCUGAAACGAUGCCUGCAAUGGUCUUCAUGUUGCAAGGGCUUGUGUGAAUUGUAUGUUUUGCACAUUUUGUGAUCGCUGACUUGCUCUGCUGCACAAAGAAAGAAAACUGUUGGAUAACAGUUGGAAGUGGGAGGGAGGGGUGGCUUCCCAGUCAGAAAAGAAAGGAUUACAAGGCAGGAUCUUAAAUUACAUACGUACUAAAGGAAGAAGCCAUGGAGGUCACCUUUCUCAGGCCACCAGCUCCCCAGGUUGCAUGUGGUGUGUCUUGUAGAUGGUGUCCUUGCUUACAUUUCAUUUGUUGGUCAUGCCUUUCAAUUUCUAAUCUGGAAAUAGACAACAUCUCUUGCAGAUCUCUCUUUGUGCAGCUUCCUGAUUGCAAAUACUGUGGAAGAGCUUCUGGAUGCCAAGCCCAGAUGAAGUCAUUGUCCAAAGUUAUUUAUUUAUUUAUUGGGUUGGAGGAGGGGUACCUACAAUAUAGCCACAUUGACCCGAGUGAGUGGAGUAUGGUGAUUCAAGAAUAAAAACUGAAAACCUCAAGAUAGGUUAGUGAUGAAGUCUUAAAAAAAAAAAAAAAAAAAAAAAACAACAGCAAUUUUGCACUGACGGGAUUGCCUCAUCCAUCUGGAUUUCAGAUGAUCAUCUGAGUGGCCAGGUGUCAAAGACCCAAGUGCUCUGGCAAAAUUCUUAUGGGGAUAAAAAAAUGUAUUUCAAACCUCUUAAUCUUAUAAAUAGCCCUCAAACUCUGCUGCCUUUUAUUUUCCUUAGCCAGGUGUGUCUUUGAACACUUGGUUGCUCAGAUACAAUCCUGAGAAACCAAACUGAUUUUUAAAUAAAUUUGUUUCUUAUCAGUCUGGUCUUGAGACAGAUGAAGCUACUGUUUUUCUUCUGGAUUUCAGAAGCUUAUGUUUCACAGGUGCUUUCUUUGCCAGAUCCUGUCACGAAGCAUGUAUUGUAUUGUGUUUUUUCCUAAAUGUUUCUGGAGCCCAACUUAACUGGUACAUUCAGUAACAUGGUUGGUGUGUGCUGCGGUAUAAGUAAACAGCUGCAUGCAUGCAUGCAAAACAAAAAUAGUCACAUUGGUGAUGCUUGCCUUUCUUUGUGUGACAGUGAUGUAGCUGUAUUUGUGAAAGCUUUGUCACCUGAAAGUGUUUACACUGGUCACUGGAAGUUUCUCUGUGCUGCCUUACAUUUGACUUGCUGUUUGGAGUAGACCCUUACAUUUCAGAAAUUAGUAUUUGGAGUUCUGUGAAUACGGAGAGAACAUUGAUUAAUUAGCAAAGUCAUUAACAGUUUUUUAAAGGGUGAGGUCAGCUAGAUGAGAACAGUUUAAUAGUUCUUCUGGUUAAACUGAUUUCUUGAAAUGUUAGAUUAAGAAAGUGUUUAAACCCACAACCUUCCCUUCCUCCCCUCCCCGUGCCCCCCACCCUCAACUUGUUCUUUUCUCUUAGGUGGCUUUUAAGCGAUAGAACAUCUUAGAUAGGGUAGAUCUCUUCUCUGUGUCCCUGUACUUGCACAGGUUGCCCUGUUGAAGCAAGCAGCCUUGAAUUACUGUUGUCUUUCAUCUUGUGGAUCACUCCCAGGAGUGGGAAAGGAGCCAUAAAAUCAGACUUCCUGAGCUUUGCAUGUCCUCUCCCCAGGCGCUAGUGCCUGCACGAGGUACAAGGAAGUGAAGAACUGGGUCCCCGGGGGCCCUCUUGUUUGAAUAGAGGCAUAUAGGUUUGAGACCUGUUUUCUCUGUCGAGCGGAUUAGUCCAGAUGUGAAACUGCACUGCAGCUAACUAUUUAGCUUACGAAGUCUGUUUUGCAGCACUAUGCAGCUACCAAAAGUGGGAUGAAUUUUCUGCAGCUGUUUCCAAAGUUGUGGUCUGCUUUCAAGUCGUCGAUUAAUUCCUGUGUGUAGGCUGAAGGAAGCUGAAGUCAGGGUGGGCCUCUGGCUCUGCAGGGUAUAUGCUAGGCUCUUGCUCUUUGAAUUGAUGUGGGAAUCCUGGCUAGCUACUUGAGGAUUCCAGUCCUGCAAAACACCCCACACUUGGAAGCAAAUGCAGUUCACAGCAGAGUGCACACAAAAACCUUGACAUAAGACAGGAAGGUUCCUCUUAUUUUGCAGGCUGGUUGCUGUAGAAACAUAUAACAAAGGACAGCCUUCCUCUUCUGGUAUAAUUGUGCAGCCCCUUUUCUCUAGGUCUGACACCUGUCUGAAUAAGAGUGAUUAGAGCAGAAUAAUGUUCCCUUUCCUGGCUAUUGAAGAUGUGGUUCAUGGGCUAAAAGAAUACUGUGCAAGUGAAGAAGUAAAAUUGUCUAUGUUGUGUCUUUUUGUUUGCUACUACAUCUUAAACAUCUUAAAGUUUUGUAAAACUUGCCUUUUUUUUUUUUUUUUCCACAAUGUGAAACUGAAGGUCAAUAAAUUAUUAGAGAUUUUUUUCUCCAUGGAACAUUUAUUUCAAGUGUUGUGUCUUUCUACCCUUCCUCCCAGCCCCUAAAUGCUUUGAAUCCCUUAUAAUGUCCUUUACAUGUUCUCUUAAUAAAAGCACAUUGACAACAUGCA